ACGCACUAAGCAUAUUUCGAUCAUGUGAUCUUAGAAUCCAACAUGUCGUCUAAGAAAUCGUUGACUCAAAAACUGAACGACUUGGAGAAAAAGCUAACAUUAGAGAACAGAUUGCAUGAAAAUGACAGAAGAGGCAGACCGUUGCAGUCGGGGUCCCCCGGCCCAAGGCGGCCAAUAGUGCCCAGCUGGAAUGAGUACUAUCAUCACAACUCCUGUGAGAACAACUCACCUUUCCCAUGGGAUGUUUCCAGGUUUCGGGUCCCCAGGAAUGAAACAUUAGGGAGUCAUGGGGAAAGCGGGACCAGUUCUCGGUCAAGCUCCGCCCCCUCAUCAGGCCGCCAGAAAUGCAGCUUGAUUGUCACAGAUUUCCACAGGAAAGUGGGCGGCGCCGUCCGGGUAUGCAGUUGGAUUGUCACAGAGGGCAACACAAGGCGCCAGAAAGCGGGGAGAUUGAUCAGAAGUAUGAAGAAAUCAUGAAGCAGAGUGGGAUCCUCUCCAUUAACGGAAACAAAUACCCUACUGAUAUUAGUGACAUGGAGCCAUUGGGUGAACUGGGUCAUGGAACCUGUGGACAGGUUGUGAGGAUGCGACACAAGCUUACGCAGCACCCCAUGGCUGUCAAGCAAAUGAGAAGAUCUGGCAACAAAGAAGAGAACAAACGUAUCAUCAUGGACCUGGAUGUUGUGUUGAAGAGUCACGACUGUCCCUACAUUGUCCAGUGUCUGGGAACAUUCAUCACCUCGAGCGAAGUAUGGAUCUGCAUGGAGCUUAUGUCCACAUGUCUAGAUAAACUGUUAAAACGAACAAGGAAACCGAUUCCAGAAAAAAUCCUGGGGAAAAUGGCAGUAGCAAUUGUCAGGGCAUUACAUUACUUAAAAGAAAAUCAUGGUGUGAUACAUAGAGAUGUGAAACCAUCCAAUAUUUUAUUGGAUGAGAAUGGGUCCGUGAAGUUAUGUGAUUUCGGCAUCAGCGGUCGACUGGUGGACUCGAAAGCCAAGACUCGCACAGCAGGCUGUGCUGCAUAUAUGGCUCCUGAGAGAAUCGACCCACCAGAUCCAGCCUGUCCUGAUUAUGAUAUCCGAGCUGAUGUCUGGAGCCUGGGAAUAUCAUUGGUGGAGCUAGCAACAGGGGAAUUCCCCUACAAAGACUGUAAGACAGAUUUUGAAGUUCUCACCAAGGUCUUGCAGGAGGACCCGCCCCUCCUACCACCAGGGGAGAGUUUCUCUCUCGACUUCUGCUCCUUCGUCCGAGACUGUUUGACAAAAGAUUACAAGAAAAGGCCAAAGUAUAAGAAGUUAUUGGAGCAUCCGUUCAUCAAGAGAUAUGAGAAGGAGCAUGUAGAUGUAGCAUCGUGGUACAUAGGAAUAUCUAAACUCAUUGAGACGAAGGCAUCAUGACACCUGUGUCAGCUCUCAAACGAUACGGUCGGCUGCAGAUGUCUGUGACGACCACCACCCGACGUCCACUGUCCAGUUUGACCGCCAACAGCGGCCUGACAGACGGGCGGUGAAGACACUCGGUGUACCUGUACCAUCAUCAGACCUGGCUCAGAACUAUACGCGUUGUAACCCUGUACUGAGUGAGGGAGAGUGAGGAGGGUGGACUGAGUGAAUGAGUGAGAGAUUGUCGGAGCAAUUUAACAUGUGGAUGAAUGAACGAAAACCACCUUGAUUGUGUGUCCAAGCUGCUUUCACUCGAUCUGAUACAAAAGUAGAUUGAACUGGUAUGUACCAGAAAUGACUGUACAGGAACCGGUUUUGACUGCUUUUCAGUGGAUGCUGUUGGUUGUUACAGCAUUAAACUGGUUUGUACUGACUGUAACCAGUUUGUAUUCCUGGCGAUAAAAGCUGAGAGUGUUUGAUACUGAAGUGGGUCGGCAGGAUACAACAUCAGAUGUACAAAUGUAACCUCAUAAUCAUGCUCCUGAAUCUGCAUUUCCACAUCUCUUUUUACCACAGGUAUAUUUUAUGUUCCCAUUGUACAACCGGCCAUGUUUCAGGGCACGAAGCCUGACAAUCUGCAUAUCAAACAGAAAACAAACACCGAAUUUGACCCAUUUGAGAACAGUGAGAUUUUAGUGAUAAGCGAGAGUGAGAUGAAUAAUCCAUAAAUUUAUUAAAUUGAAUAUAGUACACCAAAGACUCAAGCUGAUAUUUAGCUGAUAUUUUUGGGUUAAGAUAUUACUGAACAUAGCUUAUAACUAACGUUAUGGGUUUGUAGUGGUACUGGUAACUUGUGUAUCACAGAAAUGGACAAAAAUGGGCAAGUGGAUUUAGUGCUUAGUUUUGCAUUAAUUCAUAAACCUUUUAACUUUGAACAGUUUGUAACAGGCGUACACUAUUUACAGUUUCUGUCAUGCCGGCAUUUGUUGAGAACAAUUCAACCUUGUCGUACAGAGCUUGCUAUUUAUUCAGUGAUGUAAUGCAUACAGGGACAGAGAGGUGGCCUAAUGAUUAAAUUGUCUGCUCAUCACGAUUCCCUAUGUGGGUACAACGUGUGAAGCCCAUUUCUGGUGUCCCCUGCCAUGAUAUUGCUGGAAUAUUGUUACAGCAGCGUCAAACCCACCUGGCACAACUGACCUCUGCCUUAUGGAUACCUUCAGCAGUGACAGUACUUGGCAUCAUGGACAUGGAUAACAUGAUGGAACAGAGUUACUGUUGAAACAACAACGUUCAUCAUGUUGUAUUGUAAUAAUUAACUAAUUUGAUUAAAUCAAAGCUGGUAUUAGGAUCCUGUAAACCUGUCUUGAGCCUCUCAUAGGAAAGCAAUGGCUAGUAAACUCAUAAGGUUAGCUUGUUCCACUGUAUGGUAUUGUCUUCUGAAAAUAAUGCCCAAAUCCCUAAAUAUUUAAAGAAAAAAAUAAAAUUCUGUUAUAUAGUAUUUACAGUAUGUAAAUGAGGCAUAAUUUAACAUAAAUUGUGUAUACAUCUGUUACGCCUAUUCAUCACAUACGGUGCCAAAUGAUUUGCCACCAUGUUUGACUACAGAACCCCUUUUUAAAACUGUUCAGAACGUAUGUCAAUAGUUUUUGGUACAGACAGGCAGAUCAUCUAGGUAGGAAGCUUGGAACUACCAGCUCUCUGACCGUGUUUGUAUUUUCAAAUUGUAAAACCAACUUUAUCUGAAAUGGGAUAUUGCAUAUAUCCACAGUCCAAUAUAUGAUAAGAGUUUUUGUCACAGAUUGUAAAAGUGAGUCUGUAUUGACCUGUGGAAUUAUAUGGUUUCCCUUCAAUGAGCUCUUGAAAAAAAGUACAAGGUGAAAUAUUAAACCCAAUCCAUCUUGAUCCGAUUCAGACAUUAGCUAUGCGUUUCAGAUUUGUGGGUUUUAUGCGAUGCCCAGAAUACUCAGUAACAGUCUAAGAUCUGAAAAAAUGUAUAUCGACAUUGUAUUACAAAAGUUGUCAAAACUUUUCCUGAACAGAGCUCUCUAAAUGAACUACUACAUGCAUACUGUUUAAUGUGGCCUUGAGCCAGGAGUCUCUGCUUCUUGGAAAUGCAGUAUCAGAGCCAUGAACUUAACAUGUGGUUACUGUGUCAUGUGUUAAUCUUAUCCUUCAGCUAUGUGUGAUAAGGGUGUCACGAUGCACGUAUCUCCUGACCGAGUCCUGAUGGGUUCUGCAAUACCUCAUUAACUCAAUUAAGUCCUGUCUGUUGUACAUUUAAGCAAAUGAAUAAAGCUCUUUCAUAAAUAAUUUUCUUUUAAAUGAUCCAGGUGAAUUCUGAUUUGCAUUGAAUCGUGAUACCCCUACAUUGUAGCGUCAGCAGUUAUCUAGGCAGUACAUUACCAUCUGUAAUAAAUACCCUGGACCUUUAGGCAACGAUUGGUUUGUUUCGAAAUUGAUGUUGGCAACUUUAUUUCUCCUGCUUGUAACUGACCACAGAAUUUGUUGCUGAGGGGAGUAAUCUGAUUGCAUUGCAGCAUCCUGCCACAGACUAGGAUUUGAUACAGAGCUAUGGUUUGGAAUGGGUCAUGGGUGUAUUUCAUCAUAAAAUGGAGGCAUAUUCAGGGGUGCUGGGCAUGGCAGGGCCAGUCAUUGUUUCAUCCGUUAGACACAAACCUCACACGGUGGGUCAGUGUUUCAUCCGUUAGACACAAACCUCACACGGUGGAUCAGUGUGUUUCAUCCGUUAGACACAAACCUCACUCGGUGGGUCAGUGUUUCAUCCGUUAGACACAAACCUCACACGAUGGGUCAGUGUUUCAUCCAUUAGACACAAACCUCACUCGGUGGGUCAGUGUUUCAUCCGUUAGACACAAACUUCACACGGUGGGUCAGUGUUUCAUCCGUUAGACACAAACCUCACACGGUGGGUCAGUGUUUCAUCCGUUAGACACAAACCUCACACAGUGGGUUUGAAUCCUGGUUAUGUCUAGGUUUGUCUGUACUAUACUGCAGCAGUGGGAAAACAAAGAACUUCUUUAACCUUCGUCUCCUUGAGCUUUUCUCCCACAUUAAAGAUGUUGAAACUGGAAAACUGUUAAAAGUGGCAUUAAACCCAACUCACUCAUUAGACACUGAAGUAACCGAUGGUGACAAACGAGCAUCACCACGAUGUGUCACAGCUCAUGUCAGGGCGUAAUGGCGUGUUGAUGAAACGGAAGAUCCAGAUCAAUUCUGACUGUAUCAAGGUCUCUGUAGUGCUCCAGUUUCCUGAAACUCUUCGUCCAUCAUAUCUUCAAAAUGCCACAGAGAAGCAUGUUGUUUUUUGUUUUUUUCAUCAGAGAUGUACGUUACAUACAUGCCAGGCCAAAACAGACCAAUUCAUCUUGAUGCAUUUAGAGUGAACUUUAGCUAUGUGAGAAGCGGAGUGGAUCUCUGGUUGUGUGACAUGUUGAGUGUACAUACUGUGUAUAGGCUGGGAAUGUUUGUGAGUGUAAGAGGACACUGUAGACCUAUUGUCAUAUACGUUGCUGUAUGAUUAAAUUGAUAUCAAAACUGA